AUGCGGCUCGUCGAAAUCAUGCUCACGGCGUCAUGCCUUGCGACUGGCGCGCUAUCUGCAUCCAGUACGAGCAGCGCCGACCACUACCAAUCAUCCGCCGAAGCCGCCCUCACAAAGCUUCAAACCUGGUACAACGAAGACACGGGCCAAUGGAAGAGCUACACUCCCUCCUGGUGGCAAUCGGCCAACCAGCUCACGACAUUGCUCGACAUGGUCCGGCUCGGAAGCUCGGAGGCCGCCAAGAUCGCAGACACCGUGGUCCCGAAUACAUUCCACCGCAACGGUGACCACGCCUUCAAAAACGCCUACUACGACGACGAGGGCUGGUGGGCAGUGGCCUGGAUGCGGGCCUACGAAGUCACGCACAACAAGGACUACCUCGAGACGGCGGAGGGCCUGUUCAAGGACAUGACGGGCGGCUGGGGCACGAACUGCUCCGCCGACGGCGGCCUGUGGUGGGACAAGGACCACACGGACAUCUCGCCCAUCUCGAACACGCUCUUCAUCCAGGUGGCGGCGUGGCUGGCCAACAGAGUGCCGGAGGAUCGCAAGCAGUAUUAUGCCGACUGGGCCGUGAAGGCCUGGGGGAUUUUUAGGGGGAGCGAGAUGUAUUGGCCGGAGAAACACCUCGUGGGGGGCGGCAUUGAUAUCGAGACUUGCCAUACGAGGGAGACUACUUGGGGGUACACGUAUUACGACGGCACGCUCAUCUCGGCGCUGUGUGGGUUGACGGUUGCGACUGGGAAGGAGGAAUAUAGGGACGAGGCGCAUCUGAUUGCGGCGGCUGUGAUGGAUACAAUGUCCGAAGACGGCGAACUGCAGGAACAGCACAUAAGCCAAGCGCACCCAGGACAAGCGGCACCACAGUGGAAGGGGAUCUUCAUGCGCGGGCUGCUACACCUCCACCAGCAGAGUCCCCGCCCCGAGUACAAGGCCUUCGCCCAAAAGUCAGCCGAUAGCAUCCUGGCGAACGACAAGAAUGACGAGGGGGCGCUGGGCCCCGAUUGGAAUGGGCCUUUCUACGGCCCUGCCAAUGCUAGUCCGCAUAGCUCGGCUAUGGAUGCCGUCGUGGCGGCUUGGGGUGCGUCGAUGUGA